AUGUCGGUUGCUUCAGCGGAUUUUGGGUUGGCGAGAGGUGUAUACAAUAGCGAAUAUUACAAAGUUCGUGGCGAGGACUUUUUACCAUUGAGAUGGCUGGCUCCCGAGUGUAUCUCAAAAGGUGUAUUCUCGUCUAAAAGCGAUGUAUGGGCGUUUGGUAUCUUGAUGUACGAAAUCGUAGGGAUGGGACAAAAACCAUAUCAUAACAUGGACAACAACCAGGUUCUUGUCCAUGUGAAAAAUGGUGGGACUCCGGCAAAACCCGCAUAUUGCCCUGACCAGCUGUACAAAAUCAUGCAAUUGUGCUGGGCGUACGAAAAAGAACAACGUCCUACUUUUGCUGAUAUCUUGACAAUGUUCGAGAAGCUUCGUGACAAGAGCGAAUUCCAGGUUAGUUGA